AUGCAGCGCUGCAGCAGUCGCCCAUGGACUAAAGCCAAGGAGUCGAAAUUUCAAGAAUCCAAUAACGCCCUCCACCCGAACCUCCGAGGCAAUACACUUGAGUAUCGGAUCGCUGUAUCUACGCUCGAUCCACAGUAUACAGUGAGACUUGCCGACUCUGUUUCUACAAACGCAGGCCCAGUACAAUCAGUACAUCACAUUCUUUCCUUCUCCUUUUCAUCCUUGCUCUAUGUCUGGCACGUCGUCUCUGCCACUGGAUGCGAUACCUCUCGCGUUGUGGGAAUCUAUUACAUUGACGCGGAUCGUCUAGUAUACGCCCCGGGAUUUUCCGUGCACCCCCGUUCUGAUUCAGGCGUCUGGUGCAACGCAACACGAUUGAUUAUCAGUUCGCUACGUAUUGGAACACUUGACUAUCGAAGGGAAGUCACUAUUUGUCAAACGGUCCAAGCAUGCCAAUGUGGAACAAUAAUAUUUUUGAUCAAAGUGACCGCUGCUGAAUUUGAUUCUAUACCACAUUCACUUGCAUUUCGGGCAUCUCCUGGUCAGACCGGGCAACGGGCAGACUUGGCCUGGUGUGAACAGAUGCGGCAGUGGAUGCGGUUCAUCCAGUUUUUUUUGGACAAGCGAGUUGAUUACGGCUACGCGGCGACUGAUGUCGACAAGGUCGAGUUCUAUGAUAUUCUACGUAAACAAAGCGUCAUAGUCUGA